UCCUUCCCCCACCAGACGCUGCCGUCCACCACGCUGACCAGCAUGGCCAACUUCACGCCAGUCAACGGCAGCUCGGGCAACCAGUCCGUGCGCCUGGUCACGUCAAGCCACAACCGCUACGAGACAGUGGAGAUGGUCUUCAUCGCCACCGUGACAGGCUCGCUGAGCCUGGUCACUGUCGUCGGCAACAUCCUGGUGAUGCUGUCCAUCAAGGUCAACAGGCAGCUUCAGACAGUCAACAACUACUUCCUGUUCAGCCUGGCCUGCGCCGAUCUCAUCAUAGGCGCUUUCUCCAUGAACCUCUACACCGUGUACAUCAUCAAGGGCUACUGGCCCCUGGGCGCCGUGGUCUGUGACCUGUGGCUGGCCCUGGACUACGUGGUGAGCAAUGCCUCAGUCAUGAACCUUCUCAUUAUCAGCUUUGACCGCUACUUCUGCGUCACCAAGCCCCUCACCUACCCUGCCCGGCGCACCACCAAGAUGGCAGGCCUCAUGAUUGCCGCUGCCUGGGUCCUGUCCUUCGUUCUCUGGGCGCCUGCCAUCUUGUUCUGGCAGUUUGUGGUGGGCAAGCGGACAGUGCCUGACAACCAGUGCUUCAUCCAGUUCCUGUCCAACCCGGCCGUGACCUUUGGCACAGCCAUCGCUGCCUUCUACCUGCCCGUGAUCAUCAUGACGGUGCUCUACAUUCACAUCUCCCUGGCCAGCCGCAGCCGGGUCCACAAGCACCGGCCCGAAGGCCCAAAGGAGAAGAAGGCCAAGACCCUGGCCUUCCUCAAGAGCCCCCUGAUGAAGCAGAGCGUCAAGAAACCCCCGCCAGGAGAAGCCGCCCGGGAAGAGCUGCGCAACGGGAAGCUGGAAGAGGCCCCUCCGCCGGCCCUGCCCCCACCGCCACGCCCAGUGGCCGACAAGGACACUUCCAAUGAGUCCAGCUCAGGCAGUGCCACACAGAACACCAAGGAGCGACCACCCACAGAGCUGUCGACCACAGAGGCCACCACACCGGCCAUGUCUGCCCCUCCCCUGCAGCCACGGGCCCUCAACCCGGCCUCAAAAUGGUCCAAGAUCCAGAUCGUGACGAAGCAGACGGGCAAUGAGUGUGUGACAGCCAUCGAGAUUGUGCCUGCCACGCCAGCUGGCAUGCGUCCUGCGGCCAACGUGGCCCGCAAGUUUGCCAGCAUUGCUCGCAACCAGGUGCGAAAGAAGCGGCAGAUGGCAGCCCGGGAGCGCAAGGUGACCCGGACCAUCUUUGCCAUUCUGCUAGCCUUCAUCCUCACCUGGACACCCUACAACGUCAUGGUCCUGGUGAACACCUUCUGCCAGAGCUGCAUCCCUGACACGGUGUGGUCCAUCGGCUACUGGCUCUGCUAUGUGAACAGCACCAUCAACCCUGCCUGCUACGCUCUCUGCAAUGCCACCUUUAAAAAGACCUUCCGGCACCUGCUGCUAUGCCAGUAUCGUAACAUUGGCACUGCCAGGUAGGCAGCAGGGGUGCCCUAGGAGGUGCUGGUGUCGAGUGUGUGCGCUGGGGGACCACAUGGCUCACAGGCUGUGGGGGAAGAGUUGGUGGCACCACUCUGUGUUCAUGUUUGCUGAAGAGGAGAACCGAGGUCUCCAAGGCCCCGUGGGGCUCAAGAGGCUCUGGCUGGAUUCAGAGACCAGAUCUGUGCUCAGGCUGAGGCAGCUCUGAACUGGGACCGCCUGGCCCAUCUCUGUCGCCCUGCUUCAGGGGGCUGGGGGCACUAGCCUGGCUGGGCAUCUGCCCCACUGUGACCAACCAUCAGCAUAGCUGAAAGAAUGGACAUCUGGAGGGGAGCCGAAGCCCAGGGCCUCCUUCAGAGGAGCAAAGGGACCGCCUUCCUGGGGUUCCAGGCUCGGGGCCAGCGCUUGGGGAAGGAGACUCAGGAGGGGCGUGGAAGGAUGAGGUCCCCCAUUCUGCUGUAAUCGGUGCUUUCUGCCCCUGCAUCCCCGCAUGUAGGCUCAGCCCCCUCUCCCCAUGUCCCACUCCGGGGCAGAAAUCUCUUGCUGCAGCCACUCAGCCAGGCUCUGGGUGAAUGGGUGUGUGGGUGGGCAUGCCAGAGGCCAAGCAGAGUAGGCUGUGCCCCCCCACCCCCUGCAGCACUGCCCCUGUCACCUCAGGAUGGGGCAGCUGGGAGGUCAGGGACUCACACUCAGGAACUGAGGUCUAGCCUUCUGUGGUUCCAGGCUGAGCCGAGCGGUCCACCUUGUCCUGGAGGACCCCUCCCCUAGGAGAGGGCUUGUCCCAGGUCACAGUCAGGGUGGGGCUGUGGUGGACAAUGUUCCCAUCCACCCUCCUCAAACCUCUCCCCCUCUGGCCUCUGCUGGGUGGAGGAGGCCCAGGUCACAAGGGUGGGGGGAAAGGGGUAAACCUGUUGACCAGUACAGGCUUCAGUGACAGUAGGGGCAGUGAGGCGGGCAAUCAGCCUCCGUGUCUACACUCCCCAGUGGGCAGAACCUUCCUGAUUAGCGGUGGGUUGGACCCAAAGACCUUCGACUGGGUGAGACCAAGAUGGGCACAUCAGCUCCAGUGAGUCAUCAGUUCCCUUCCCCAGCCCUGGUGAGGUCCUUGCGAGGGAUGAGGGCUAAAAGGCUUAGGGACUUGAUGGGGGGCACCCUUCCUGAGCCCUGGAAGAAAUUUUCACAAAUGUUUGGCUUUUUCCACGAGCUCUAGGAGUACUCACCACCAAGCCCUGGACCCCCCUAAACCCACCAGUCCCCACAGCCCCAUCUUUCUCCCCACAUUCCUACCCCCAAACAAAUUUCCACAGCAAACUCCCUGGGAAGGGGCUUUUAUACAUUAAAAAACAAAAGCUUUUAUUGGGAAAA